GAAGGGCCCGCGCGUCGCCGGGGGCGCGGAGCGAGAGUGGCGGCCGGGUCGCCGGCAGGAGGACGCUGCCCUCGGGGCCUGACAGGGCGGCCGGGCCCGCUCUGGUGGCCGACGCGGGACCCAGGCCUCGAACCCUAGGGAGGGGGCCUAGAGACCCUGCUGGCCGCGUCCUGAGGCGUCCGUCGGGCCGCGAGCCGAGCUUGGGGCUAGCCGGCCGGCCCGCGGGGAGGGCGGCCAGGCCUGGGCCGCCUCCCGGGACGGAGCAGCCGCUGCAGACGCAGUGGACUCAGUGUGGCGCCCGCUGUGGACUCUGGCAGACACGUCGGUCUGGCUUGUAAGGUGCCAGUGUGGUUCGUUGGCAGUUAUUUAACGUGCUGAAAAGUGCCGGCAGCAGUCAGCACGUGGGUGCCACCGCAGCGGAGAGCAGUGCGGUCUGCGGAAUUUCACCUGCCGGAACCUCGCACUGGCCUCCUGGGCCUGGGCGUCUGCGUCUGUGUGAGUAGACCUUCCACCCUGCCGCGAUGGGUUAUUGACAGGAGAAACCCGACUGUGGGAUGUCAGCCGCCUGAGAUCCCUGUUGGACAAGAUGGAAGAGGAGCUGGAAUGUCCAAACUCGUCCCCGGAAAAACGCUAUUUUCCGGAAUCCCUGGAUUCCAGUGAUGGAGAUGAGGACGGCGUUUUGGCCUGUGAGGACUUGGAACUGAACCCUUUUGAUGGACUGCCCUACUCGUCACGCUACUACAAGCUUCUGAAGGAGAGAGAGGACCUCCCGAUAUGGAAGGAGAAGUACUCCUUCAUGGAGAGCCUGCUGCAGAGCCAGGUCGUGAUCGUCUCGGGAGGUGCCAAGUGUGGCAAGAGCUCUCAGGUUCCUCAGUGGUGUGCUGAAUACUGCCUUUCCAUCCACUACCAGCACGGGGGCGUGAUAUGCACACAGGUCCACAAGCAGACGGCAGUCCAGCUUGCCCUGCGAGUAGCCGACGAAAUGGAUGUUAACAUUGGUCACGAAGUUGGCUACGUGAUCCCUUUUGAGAACUGCUGUACCAGUGAAACGAUCCUGAGGUAUUGCACCGACGAUAUGCUGCAGAGGGAGAUGAUGUCCAACCCCUUUCUGGGUAGCUAUGGGGUCAUCAUCGUAGAUGACGUGCACGAAAGAAGCAUUGCCACGGACGUGCUGCUUGGACUUCUGAAAGACGUUCUGCUCGCGAGACCAGAACUGAAGCUCAUCAUUAACUCCUCGCCACUGCUGAUCGGCAAACUCAGCUCCUACUACGGAGACGUGCCCCUCAUAGAGGUGAAGAGCAAGCACGCCGUGGAGGUCGUGUACCUCAGUGGUGCUCAGAAGGACUCUUUGAAGUCGAUUUUGAGCCUGAUCUUUGAAAUCCACCACUCGGGUGAGAAGGGUGACAUCGUAGUCUUUCUGGCCUGUGAACAAGACAUUGAAAAAGCCUAUGAAAUUGUGUGUCAGGAAGGCUCUCACUUGACCCCAGAUCUUGGAGAACUGGUGGUGGUUCCUCUGUACCCGAAAGAGAAGUGUACGCUGUUCAAGCCAGCCGACGAGGCGGAGAGAAGCUGCCAGGCCUCUCAGAGGAGAGUGGUGCUGACCACCAGCUCUGGCGAAUCUUUGAUCUGGAGCAACACCGUCAGAUUCGUUAUUGAUGUGGGUGUGGAAAGAAGGAAGGUGUACAACCCGAGAAUCAGAGCCACCUCGCUUGUCACGCAGCCCAUCAGCCAGAGCCAGGCAGAGAUCCGCAAGCAGAUUGUCGGCGCAUCGUCCUCAGGCAAGCUCUUCUGUCUCUAUGCUGAGGAAUUCGCCUCCAAAGACAUGCGGCCCCUGAAGCCGGCGGAGAUGCAGGAAGCCAACCUCACGAGCAUGGUGCUGUUCCUGAAGAGGAUAGACAUCGCGGGCCUGGGCCACUGCGGCUUCAUGAACCGGCCAGCACCAGAAAGUCUGAUGCAGGCGCUGGAGGACCUGGAUUACCUGGCAGCGCUGGACAACGAUGGCAACCUGUCGGAAUUUGGGAUCAUCAUGUCCGAGUUUCCUCUGGAUCCGCAGCUCUCCAAGUCCAUCCUGGCAGCGUGUGAAUUUGACUGUGUGGAUGAAAUGCUGACGAUCGCUGCCAUGGUAACAGCCCCUAACUGCUUCUCGCACCUGCCACACGGAGCUGAAGCGGCCGCCCGGGCGUGCUGGAAGACAUUCCUACAUCCUGACGGAGACCACUUCACCCUCAUCAACGUGUACAAGGCCUACCAAGACACAACUCUGAACUCCGCCAGCGAGCACUGUGUGGAGAAGUGGUGCCAGGACCGCUUCCUCAGCUGCUCCGCCCUCAGGACGGCCGACGUCAUCCGAGCCGAGCUCCUGGAGAUCAUCAAGCGAAUCGAGCUGCCCUACGCGGAACCUGCCUUUGGCUCCACCGAGAACAGCCUGAACAUCAAGAAAGCGCUGCUGUCCGGCUACUUCAUGCAGAUCGCGCGGGACGUCGACGGGGCGGGCAACUACUUGAUGCUCACACACAAGCAGGUGGCGCAGCUGCACCCCCUGUCCGGUUACUCCAUCACCAAGAAGGUGCCCGAGUGGGUCCUCUUCCAUAAGUUCAGCAUAUCCGAGAACAACUACAUCCGGAUCGCCUCCGAGAUCUCGCCCGAGCUAUUCAUGCAGCUGGCACCACAGUACUACUUCAGUAAUCUGCCUCCUAGUGAGAGUAAGGAUAUUUUACAGCAAGUGAUGGGUCGCCUGGCCCCGAUCUCCACGAUGAACAAGGAGGGUGAGAAGUGCCCCGAGAGCACCGAACAGCGAUGCACGGUCCAGUGACUGCACCAAGCUCCACGCGCAAGGCCCCGGGGCGCCUGCCCCACGAGCACCACGCCCCGCAGGACGGUGCUGAAGGAGUAACGCCUGGUAUGUGGUCUUAAAAUAAAAAUAGAGGAGUUUAUUGAGUUCUUUAAAUUACUAUUCCAUAUUUUUCUUCUUAUUGGAAAGGUUUUUAAGCAUCCAUUCACAAUCUGACCCAAAUUUUUAAAGAUACAGAUAGUGUAAAUGUGUCCCAGACACAUGGAACAGAACCCUACUUUUUGUAGAGGACUUCAAAUAAAGUCACGAGUUUUCAGUAAACAGCCACUGCGUUUUCUGUCAUUUUCCAAAGACGAGCCAGCCCUGUCCGUGGCAAAUGGGUUAGACGGACAGAUGUUCUUUCAGUUUAUCCAUGAUCUCGUCCAUCUUGUCGCCUGGAAUCACCAUCACAGUCCUCAUGGGCUUCAUGGGAACGUCAUCGAAAGACCAUCUGCCUCCCAGACAGGUGUCGCGGUCCUCCUGCACCGAGUAGCUGAACUUCAGGACUGCCUUCUAACCAGACAGAUGACCGUGGGUUAAAAUCGGGCAACCCAACGGCAAAUCUCAUCUAACCCACAACAAGUACUAUGUUUGGCAUGUGUUUCAGUAAGACUGACAGUGAAAGGAAGCACAACUUGAACAAAGGAAAACUUGAAUGGGUCACUCUGGCAGACAUAAAGCGCUCAGCAGUGUUUAACCCACGGGCGGAACACGGCUGGAGCCGCCACUUAGAAGUGAAGCAGCAGCCAAUGAUGUUACUGUUACCACCCACUCACACUGUCACCAGUCCCAAGGCUUUCAUUCUCAAAAGGGUCUGUGACAGACAAGAGAAAAUAAAAUGUUCAGCUCUGGUAAUUAAGAAGAAUCAGCCUUCAAACGCUGGUCUGUUCCCAUCCCCCAGCUCUUCCUCCGCGUAAAGCUAUCAUGUGGAUACGAAGGAAGUCUGCACAGCCGGCCAUAUCAAAACACCCGUUCUACAAGCGUGACAUGAACCCGCACUGGCAGUCUCAACAGGGAGAAGUGACAGCGUCCAAGUCAGGAAAAGCCGCCCCCUCCGAUCCGUGAUGACUCAGAGGAACGCUCUGCACUCGGCCCUCCAUCGCGGUAGGAGAAAGCGCAGCAGCAGGGCCCACGCGCACACACAGGGCGCGAGCAGCAGCUCCAGGCCAACGGCUGUGCCAUCUCAGAGGACUUCCCUCAUGGCCCACGUCCGCGAGCCGGGCUGACGUCUACCUCACAGCGCAAGGGCCCAGGCAGCACGGCAGACACACAAUGCCCGGUGACCGCUAGCCGGCCAGCAGCUUUCCUCCUCCUCCCCCUUGGGGCCGUGUGAGGCGACGUGCCAGGAGCUGCCAGCUGCCAGGGACACGGAACAGAGAGAGGCUGUACUCGGGGGACUGACAUAAGCAGGAGAAUAAGAAACUGGAUUAUUGCUAAGAAAAUUCUUAUUUAAAUCUAAACGGGUGAAACGGGAUAGUCUUACCUCAUAGAAAAAUUCUUCCUCUGCGUUUGCAAACAUUAACUCUUCUUUCUUUUGGCUGCUCCGUUUCUUCUUGGAACUGCCUUUUCCUGCUUCCACAAACGUCUUACUGAUCAGCAGGUAGAAGCAGCACUUCCCGCACGGCUUACUGGUCUUGUGUGCCUCCGCGAGUUCUUUCCUGCAAGACACAGAACACGCCGCUCUGUGUGAGGCGACACCCACCCGAGCAGAGCACACAGCACUCGGCGCCGUCUAAGAAACCAGGGAGGCAGCUUUGCGGGGCUCUGCAGUGGCUUCCGGAACAGGCGUUCCGUCUGGGCACUGCUAAAGCAAUGGCUGUGCUGGUGCAGCCGGUUACACUUCAGACUGAGGGCACCACGUCUGUAGUGAACAGCGUGAGGAAACCCGAUUGUGCUCAGUUGUCGACACAAAACAGCUUACGGAUGAGCCACAGGUCUGCUCGGCAUCACUGCUCCGCCUGUGCAGAAGUCAAAAACGUCUCAGAACCUGAAUGUCUCUGAAGCGGUGACCCUUACCUGGCACACAAAGGCGCACCUUAUCCAGGUCAGGACAGGAGCCCGCGGCAGUGACUUAGGACUAGCCCAGAACUACUUCCUGACCUACUGCACAGACGGCGACAGCCUGAGUUCCAGAACAGUUCAUGGAGUGACAGUGACGGCUUCACGUCCUGACAACUGCACAGCCCUGCGUGCCGGCGCCCCUCGACAGAAACGAGCUUGCUUUCCUAAAGGACUGGGGAAAGCACCCUCUGCGAAACCAUGGCAAGGUGCGCUCCAGCUAACCAGAAACCAAAGCAAGGGGCAAAGGGCACUCAUGGCAGGACAAGUGCAGUCUCAGCGGCAGCUGAGGGUGGGAGGCCGCACACCGAGCCAGACCUCAGGGUCCCCGAGCGGGGCCCCUCCACAGGCACCGUGACGUCUGAGAAGGAACACUGCGUAAGGCCUGCGUCUGUACCGCAUCUCUGUUUCAAAGGCAACUUCACUCAGCUAAAAGAUUCCACAGCUCUUCUUGAAAAUAUCUCUGUAAACUUCUAACUCCGACAUUAAAAAACAACCCCAAGGAGCCAGAAACACAGAAUCAGAACUAUGGCUUCAUUGAUUAUAAAGCAUACUAAGGAAUCUGGGAAUGUUACUGUUUUGUGACUGCUGUACUGUGUCAGAUGUGAGUAAAAGUCUAUGUGAAACCCGCCUACCUGGGGCAGGCAUUUGGCACAGCAGCCGAGUUCCUGCCUGGGACAGGAGCCCCCAUACUGGAGCCUCCACUUCCAAUCCAGCUUCCUGCCACUGGGCACCUGGGAGGUGGCAAAUGACCACUCGUGUCCUUGGGUUCUUGCUGUCCACCUGAGACACCCGUAUUGAGUUCCAGACUCCUGGCUGUUGUGGGCAUUCCUGGGUGGGGUGAACUAGUGGAUGGAAGGGCUCUGUCUGACUUUCAAAUAAAAUGAAAAUAAAAAUUUGAAAAAAAAAUUUCAGCUACUUCAAUACCAUUUAUUGUCAAAAAUAAUAAAAAACCUGAUUACUGUGAA